CGAAUUUUGGUGGCUUAGUAAACGGACGUGCGCGGGGGAGGAGCUGUUACGUAAUCAAUCAAGGAGUAUUAUAUAUACAUACAUUAUACAUUAAAUACAGUUGACUGACGAGUAAUUUGGCCUCAUCAUCAGUUUAAAAUGUUAGUUGAGUAAAGUAGGCAAGCUAUGGUUCAGUGAACUAGUUAAAGUUUUUGGGGGUACUUAGCCUACAACUAUGCUAAAUAGUGCCCUUAUCGCAUUUUGCAAGAUGGAUGAAUAGCCUGCUUAACUUAAUGGUUGAAUUGAAAUGUUUGUCGAAAUUUUUUUUUAAUCUUUGUUCCUGGUUUCAAUAACCUGACGUUUUUAUAACUCAACAUUCUCCUCUCGCUCCCCCCUCUAGCUUCACUCACCGUCACGUGAUCUGCCCCAGCAGACUGUCAGCGGAGCAGCUUCCCACUGUGCUUUGCGCUGCGAACAUCAAAGAUGGCGUUGCUUGAAGCAGCGGUCUCCGACGUGACAGCGUUUGUCACCUGUAAAGCGAUGCGGUAGGGAGAACGACAUAAUUUACUUAUAUCGCUGACAACGUCUUACUGCAACCGAUUUGGAUUACACCAACCCGUCCUAACAAAAAAUAAAAAUAAAAUGCCGUCUCCGAAAGCAAAAAAUGCCGGUCGAAGUGGUGGAAGCCCUUUGAGUAGUACUAAUGGGCGCUACGAAUUCAUGUCGCUAAACCGAACACCUCCGCCUAACCUCCUUCCGCGUCAGGGCUCAGACCCAGCCACAGCUCGUCUCCGGGCGUCGGAAAGCCCUACCCGGCGCCGUGGCUCCGGUUCUUCAACAUCUUCAACCGGAGCUCAAGUUAUGCCCGAAGAGGACUGUAUGCGGCUCAAUCCGUCUUUCGUUGGGAUUGCUCUGAGCUCCCUUCUAGCUAUUGACCUGUGGCUCUCGAAGCGUCUGGGAGUGUGUGCUUGCGAGGAAUCGUCGUGGGGCAGUGUUCGUCCGUUGAUGAAACUGAUAGAGAUCUCGGGACACGGUAUUCCUUGGCUGAUUGGGACCGGAUACUGCCUCUACAAAAGCGACAGUCCCGCUGGGCAAGAAGUGAUGCUCAACCUGCUCAUGGCCCUGCUGCUGGAUUUGGUCCUUGUGGGCGUGGUCAAGGCUGUGGUCCGUCGCCGACGCCCCUCCCACAACCGCAUGGACAUGUUCGCCACCUUCUCCGUGGACCGCUACUCCUUCCCCUCGGGCCACGCCACACGUGCAGCCAUGUGCGGGCGCUUCGUGCUGGCCCACCUGGUCCUGGCCGCCCCUCUGCGGGUCCUGGUGGUGCUGUGGGCAGGCCUGGUGGGCUUCAGCCGGGUGCUGCUCGGGCGCCAUAACGUCACCGACGUGCUGUUUGGGUUCAUCAUGGGCUACGGGCAGUACAACCUGGUUGAGCUGCUCUGGGUGUCUCCGCUCGGCCUGCAAGGGCUUCUGGGAGGGAGGGGCCUGGAGGAUGGCGUUGAGGCCAGCCCCUAGCUGUCGUUGGACAGCGUCCUGUCACUCGCCGCUGUUUGCUGAAGAGGAAGGCCGCUACCGACCAAUCAGAAAUCAAAGAUGCUCCCUCGGAGAACAGUGACUGAAGAUGAUAGGCCCGGAACCAUGAAACAUCACACCCUGCUACACAAACUCUCCUCUGAACGUCAUCGCCAUUGCAUUUAGAACCUAUAGAAGAUACAGUUGUGUGUGUGGGUAUGUGUGGGUAUGUGUGUGUGUGUGUGUGUGUGUGUGUGUGUGUGUGUGUGUGGGG